AUGCGUGCUCUAAAGGAGAGUCAGGCAGCUCAAGCCGGGAGUAACUUCACCACAGUCCUCGCUGGGUCCGAUUUCGACGAGGAGUAUCUGACGAAUGUGAUGUUUGGAGAGCAAGAGUUUUUGCUUAUAGUGGAUACGGGGAGUUCCGAUACCUGGGCCCCUCAAGUCGGAUAUGCCUGUUUCAACCUCGACAACAAGCCCGUUUCUCAAUCCCAAUGUGCUUUUGGUUCCGCAGGAUUCAACUCCAGUGCUUCCACCACUUUCACCGUCGACCCAGGAACCAAUUUCAACAUCGGAUACGCCGAUGGGGAGUUCCUCUCCGGCACAGUAGGGUUCGAAACGGUCACUGUAGGUGGUUUGGCGGUGAAGCAACAAGAGAUUGGGGUGGUGAAUAAAGCUGCGUGGGACGGAGAUGGGUUUAAUUCCGGCUUGAUUGGUUUCGCGUCGCCGAAUUUGACGUUUGUGUUCAAUGGGACUAAUCCGGACGACGAUGAUACGCAGAUUCCGUAUAAUCCGUUCUUUUAUUCGGCGGUGCAGCAGGGUUUGGUAUCUCAUCCAUUCCUCUCUGUCGCCCUCGACCGUGGCUCUUUCGCCGCUGAAAACAGCUCCGACUUGGAUCAAAACCUCGGGUUCAUCUCCUUCGGCGGUAUCGCCCCAGUCGACGUGAUCCCCAGCACCGCUGUUACUGUUCCCAUUCAAGGCUACGACGCAGCGACAUUCACGCCCAAAAAUGGAAGCACAGGUGUAACUUAUUUCUAUUAUAGCGUCGACGUCGAGUUGAUGUCGUUCACCGGGAAUCAUGAGAUUUUCGGUACCACUAAUAACAUCAUUUUGGAUUCUGGAACAACGCUGGACUACGUUCCUACCGACGUAGCAGACGCAUUCGCCGCAGCCUUCGACCCUCCAGCCGUCAAAGACGAUGAUUUCGGUGUCUACACCGUCGUCUGCACUGCUACCGUCCCAGAAUUCACUGUCACCAUCGGCGGGGUGACGUUCACCGUCGACCCCGCUGAUAACUUGUUCCCUCUGGGUAUUCAAGACAACGACGGGAACGAAUUAUGUGCUAGUGGAACUUUUGAUGGAGGUCCGUCUACGGGUGCGGAAGGGAAUGUGUUCAUUUUGGGAGACACGUUUUUGCACAACGUCGUUGCGACAUUCAACAUUGAAACGGAUGAAAUCACUCUCACUCAGCGCGCGCCAUAUACCAGUGGUGGUUCCGACGUGAAACGUCGUGCUCCUUCCUCGGUCAGACGGCGCAGUGUAUAA